AAGAACUUCGCCCGAAUGUGAUUGUUGCCGAUAUGUUCAUCCCAUGGGCGACCGAGACCGCAGUGAAAAGAUGAACUUUUUGGUGCCGGGUCUCCCUGACAAGAUUGAGAUGACCAUGUCAGAAUUGCCAGAAAAAUCAUCAGCUACAUCUGAGUUCGCUAAACUGAUGGAAAGAAUUAGAGAGUCAGAGAUGCAGAGCUACGGAGCUAUCAUUAACAGCUUCUACGAGUUUGAACCCGCUUACGCCAAUCAUCAUGCAAAAGUCAUGGGGAGAAAAGCAUGGCAAAUAGGUCCAGUUUCGCUACGAAAUGUGGAUCCAGUCGAUAAAGCUCAAAGAGGCAAGACGUCCUCCGUUAAUGAACAUUGCGUUUUGAGUUGGCUCGACUCAAAGAAGAUAAAUUCAGUUCUUUAUAUUUGUUUUGGCAGUGUCUCUAGAAUCAGUAAUAAUCAGUUGGUGGAAAUAGCAAUGGGUCUCGAAGAUUCAGAUGUUCCGUUUGUUUGGGUUAUCAGAAAACUGGAGAAUGAUGAGAAACAAAUGCCUUUACAUGAAGGAUUCGAAGAUAGAAUAAAAGGGAAGGGCUUGAUAAUAACUGGCUGGUCACCUCAAGUUCUAAUCCUCGACCAUCCAGCAGUUGGUGGGUUCAUGACUCACUGUGGGUGGAACUCAGUACUUGAAGGCAUUACUGCAGGAGUUCCACUGAUCACUUGGCCUGUGUUUGGAGAGCAAUUCCAUAACCAAAAGUUCGUUACAGAAGUUGCAAGGGUAGGAAUUCAAGUUGGGGUUGAGAAGUGGAAUUUUUGGAUUGACGGGAAGAAUGUGUCGGUCAAGAAGGAGAAGAUUGUUAAAGCAGUAACUCAGCUAAUGAGCAGUGACGGAGAGGAAACAACAGAAAUGAGAAAUCGAGUGAAGCCACUCAGUGAAAUGGCUUUCACUGCUGUAAAAGAAGGUGGCUCAUCUUAUACAAAUUUAACAGCUUUAAUCGAGGAACUGAAAAACAAAUAUAACAUGACUUAAGAGAUGGCUAGUUUCCCAAAAUUGGC